AUGGACAAGAUGUUCUUGCUGGGUCUCUCUCUAUUUUGCCUUUUGCCUGGUGGGGAGCCAAGUCUCCGUAGAAGGAUUCCGGGAGUGAUGUGUUCUGUCUGUCAAAGAUUUAAAAAAGGCUCCUGUUUGCACACUUUGGAUACCUGUUCUACAAGGUUGAAGAAAGUAUGCAGAAGCCAAUCUUACUAUCAAUACUCUGAAGAGACUAAAGAGUGGUCCUUUACUCAUUCUAAACUGGAUUGUGUUGAAGAAUGUGGAAAGCCUAUAAUCCUCCUGGCUUGGUAUCGUGUGGUGAAUGUGUGCUGUUCAGAUAAGAAUAAAUGCAAUGAAGAUUAUUCACUUGCAUGA